CAUUACAGGUCUGAGUUACGACUGACUCAAAUUUUCCGAGUCACUCCGCCGGGAUAUAGCUCAUCGUCGUCUUCCUCCGACCAGUUCGGGAAGCGUAUCCACGCUGUUUCCGCGAGGUUGUUUUGAAGGUCACGAGAAGAAAGAGCUAGGGUUCGUCCAUUUCGUCAACACUUUUCUCCGAUUUAUCUUCGCCGUUACGAUUCGUCGAGUUGGAUUCUCUGCUUUGAUUGAUCUGCGGAAAAAAAAAAUGGCGGGAGGGUUUAGGGUGCUGCAUCUGGUGAGGCCGUUCCUGGCGAUCUUGCCGGAGGUGGAGAGUGCAGAUCGGAGGAUACCUUUCAGGGAGAAGGUCAUCUACACGGUGAUAUCUCUUUUCAUCUUUCUGGUCUGUAGUCAGCUUCCUCUAUAUGGCAUCCACUCAACCACUGGUGCCGAUCCGUUUUAUUGGAUGCGUGUCAUUCUCGCGUCCAACAGAGGAACUGUUAUGGAGUUGGGGAUUACUCCUAUUGUGACAUCUGGACUAGUUAUGCAACUGUUGGCUGGAUCCAAGAUCAUCGAAGUCGAUAAUAGCGUUAGAGAAGAUCGGGCGUUGUUGAAUGGAGCACAGAAGUUACUUGGCAUUCUAAUUGCAAUAGGAGAGGCAGUGGCUUAUGUUCUUUCUGGGAUGUAUGGCAGUGUCAGCCAACUUGGUUCUGGUAAUGCUAUACUGAUAAUCCUUCAGCUUUGCUUUGCCGGUAUCAUUGUCAUUUGUUUAGAUGAACUGCUCCAAAAGGGUUAUGGUCUUGGAUCUGGCAUUUCGCUUUUCAUAGCCACCAACAUAUGUGAAAAUAUCAUCUGGAAGGCAUUUAGUCCCACCACCAUUAACACUGGAAGGGGUGCUGAAUUUGAGGGUGCAGUUAUCGCAUUGUUCCAUUUACUAAUUACUCGAACGGACAAGGUCCGUGCACUACGGGAAGCUUUUUACCGGCAAAAUCUCCCAAAUGUGACCAAUCUACUUGCUACUGUUUUGGUCUUUCUCAUUGUCAUAUAUUUCCAAGGAUUUCGAGUGGUUCUUCCAGUUAGGUCGAAGAAUGCUCGUGGACAGCAGGGUUCUUAUCCUAUCAAGCUAUUUUACACCUCCAACAUGCCUAUUAUCUUACAGUCUGCGCUUGUAUCCAACUUAUAUUUCAUAUCUCAGUUGCUUUAUAGGAGGUACAGUGGAAAUUUCCUUGUAAAUCUGCUGGGUACAUGGAAGGAAUCCGAAUAUUCUGGUCAAUCUGUACCUGUUGGUGGGAUAGCUUAUUAUAUUACAGCUCCAUCGAGUCUGGCAGAUAUGGCUGCAAAUCCAUUCCAUGCUCUUUUUUACAUAGUUUUUAUGCUCUCUGCAUGUGCACUUUUCUCAAAGACUUGGAUCGAGGUAUCCGGGUCAUCUGCAAGAGAUGUAGCUAAGCAGCUCAAGGAACAGCAAAUGGUGAUGCCAGGCCAUCGGGAAUCCAAUCUACAGAAGGAGCUGAACCGUUAUAUUCCAACAGCUGCCGCUUUUGGCGGAAUGUGCAUUGGUGCUCUCACCGUGGUAGCUGAUUUCAUGGGAGCAAUCGGUUCCGGGACUGGAAUUCUUCUUGCCGUCACUAUCAUAUAUCAAUAUUUUGAGACUUUUGAGAAGGAGAGAGCAACCGAACUUGGUUUCUUUGGCUUAUAAAUAGAAGGAUUUUUAGCGUUGCUAAUUACUUAUUUCCGUAUCCCUGUCUAGGAAUAUAAGUUACAGUGCAGUCUCAUUGCAUCGCAUUUUUCAAUCAGUUUCUCUGUUUAGCGUUUCAGUAAGCAAAUUGGGAUAAUAAUAUGGACGUGCAGAGAGGUAGGUUUUACCCAUGCUGAGAUGAGAUAUCAAUUUUGAUUUUUGAUACUAUUUCUCUUUAGUUUUUGAUUAACAACUGCUUGCUUGCUUAUUUUGUC